UGAGAGAGAGGGAGAGAGGAGACGCGACAGAGGGAGGCGUGUAGAGAAGGAGGAGACGGAGAUAAACCUCACUUGGGUGAAGCGAUCCUGCUGAAGGAGGAGGAAGUUCUGAAGAUGAGUCACAGGGCAGCAGAACCGGCCGGGCGGCUCAACCCCAUCAGGCGCUCACAUUCACCGGGAUCCAUGGAGACGGCCGAGCAGCAGCACUGAAAUCCAGAGGAAGUUCCUGGAAGGCUGACAGCUCUGAAGACAGGAUGGAUUUACACAAAUGUUUCAGCUUGUUUUUCCUCGCUCUGACCCAACAAGUUUCCUCCCAGGCUGAACCUCGCGCCCAUGCUGAGGAGCGGCUGCUGCAGAAUCUGUUUGCACGCUACAACAAGCUCUCGCGGCCCGUGCAGAACACUUCCGACACCGUGCUCGUCCACUUCGGACUGUCCAUCGCACAGCUGAUUGAUGUGGAUGAGAAGAACCAGAUGAUGACCACAAACGUCUGGCUUAAGCAAGAAUGGAAUGACUACAAACUCCGCUGGAACCCGGAGGAAUAUGAAAAUGUCACCUCCAUCCGAAUCCCCUCAGAGAUUAUCUGGAGACCUGACAUCGUCCUCUACAACAAUGCCGAUGGAGACUUCGCCGUGACUCACCUCACAAAAGCUCAUUUGUUCUAUGAUGGACAGAUAAAGUGGAUGCCUCCGGCCAUUUAUAAGUCUUCAUGCAGUAUAGAUGUCACGUUCUUUCCCUUUGACCAGCAAAGCUGCAAGAUGAAGUUUGGCUCUUGGACGUACGACCGGGCGAAGAUCGAUCUGAUCAGCAUGGCCAGCGACGUGGAUCAGAUGGACUACUGGGAGAGCGGCGAGUGGGUCAUUGUUAAUGCGGUGGGGAAGUACAACACAAAGAAGUACGAGUGCUGUACGGAAAUCUACGCAGACAUCACCUACUACUUCAUCAUCCGGAGGCUUCCGCUCUUCUACACCAUCAACCUGAUCAUCCCCUGUCUGCUCAUCUCCUGCCUGACCGUCCUCGUCUUCUAUUUGCCAUCGCAGUGCGGGGAGAAGAUAACUUUGUGCAUUUCGGUCUUGCUGUCGCUGACGGUGUUCCUUCUGCUGAUAACGGAGAUCAUCCCGUCCACGUCUCUGGUCAUCCCCCUGAUCGGUGAAUACCUGCUGUUCACCAUGGUGUUUGUCACACUCUCCAUCAUCAUCACCGUCUUUGUGCUGAACGUGCACCACAGAUCGCCGCAGACACACGGCAUGCCUCACUGGGUGCGGCGGGUCUUCCUGGAUCUGGUACCGCGAGUUCUGUUCAUGAAGCGGCCGCCCGGCACGGCCAAGCAGCACUGCAAGAAGCUCAUCGAGAUGAUGCUCUGUCCCACCACCGUAUCCGCCACGGGGAACUCGCAGUCCUUCUGGACCGGGGUGGACUCGGAGCUCAGGCAGAUGGCACACAACAGCCUCCCAAAGGUCGACAGCCCCCGGAUCCUGGUGUGCUCCCCGUCUCCCCCUUCGUCUCCGGCUGAUGACUGCAGCGACCAAGAUCAUCCACUGAAAGCCAGAAUCUUCUGCCAGUCCACGUCCGGUCAGUACUCCCCUCUGUCGGAGAAUCUGCUCAGACACAACUCCACGACCCUCUCCGCGCCUCAGCUGUCCAUGCCGCUGGGCCCGUUUCCCUGCCUCUCCAGGGAGUAUCCCAGCCUGCUGGCCCAAAACGGUCGCUCGCUCAGCGUGGAGCAAAUGUGUGGCAAACAGGGGCAGAGAUCUGCACAUCGGUGUCGCUCGCAGAGCUUCCAGUACUGCUGUCUGCAUAACGAUGGGGUGGCAGGCAUCACGGGCCAGACGAACAAAACACCUGAACACCUGACAGAAACGCUGGCAGCUGAGCUCGCUAAAGACGCAAGCACCCAGCUGGACAAUAUGGUUCCCAUGGUUUCCCCGGCGAUGCAGCGCGCCAUCGAGGGAGUGCAGUACAUUGCAGAUCAUCUCAGGGCAGAAGACGCAGACUUUUCAGUGAAGGAGGACUGGAAGUACGUGGCCAUGGUCAUUGACAGGAUCUUCCUCUGGAUGUUUGUGCUGGUGUGCAUUCUGGGAUCAGUGGGACUCUUCCUUCCUCCCUGGUUAGCCGGAAUGAUCUAGAAACUCUGAAACACGACAAAAGGACCGGCUGCUUUAUUUUCUUUAAGAAAGUUCCAACGUUAUUGUUUUUUUAAGAACACUUAAGUGUCUUGUUGUUUACUCAAACUCAUGUUUGCAAAAGGUUAGCUGUGGAGAAACAGGCUGACAUAUCAAUCUGAAACGUAUAAAUUCUUUAUUGGGCCAAAAGGCCAACGAAGAAGACAUCCCAGCCUGCCACUCCAUCUUCAGCUGCAAGACUUUUAUUUUUAAAAUUAAUCAUGAAAUUACAAAAAAAAAAGUAUAAAAAUGCCGACAAUAAAGACUGAAAGCAGUUUGGAUUCACUCUCAACAUUCCAGCGCUGCAGCACAGAUAACAACGAAAGGCUUUCACCAAAUAUUAAUGAGCUUCUGUCCAUUAAAUAUUCAUAUUUCCAUUGAGUGUGUCAGAGUUUGUUGCUGGGAGGAAUUUCUUUUUAGUUUAAUGAUUAUUGGUGAGCUCGCUCACGGAUCCUCACGGUUCCAAACUCAAACCAACGCUUCACUGAAACCACUACUCUUUGUUUUGAUUUUUGUUUUUUUUGGAAUUUAAAGUUUAAAAAUGUUGAUCUUCAUCAUGUCCGGACGCAAAGAGAAAAAAAUCUGUGAAAUUCCAGAAAUAAAGGUGAAACAGAAGACGUGACCAUCUAAAGCUGCUCCAAACGUCUGUCAGAGUUUAGGAUCAAUACAAAGACGACUGUAUUUUCUGCACUAUAAGAUGCACCAAAAAGCCUUUAUUUUUCCAAAAAACAAGAGUGCGCCCUAUAAAUCUGGACGGUCUAAAGCAAAGGUCUGUAACCUGCAGCUCCAGAUCCACGUGUCUCUUUUAUCUCUCCAUGGUGGUUCCUUGGACAAACAUAAAAUAAUUCAUAGAGACUGCUGACCCAGACAUGUUGACC